AUGGAGGUCCCGCCCGGGAGAGGCGCUGAGCUCUCCCUGCCCCCUGACCUAAAGGAUCUGGAGAGCAAAGUAGGGCAGAGACCCCCAGACGGGCUGCUACGUUGGCUGCGGGAGGACCCGGUUGCUCAUCUGCUCCGGAGCAGCCCGAGCCGGGGGUGGAGCCACGGACUGGGGGAGAAGAUCAAGACUCUGAAGGUGGAACUGGCUUAUUUAAGAGCAAUCGAUAUCAAAAUUCUACAGCAACUGGUUGCUGUGAAUGAGGGAAUAGAGGCCGUGAAGUGGCUACUAGAAGAGAAGGGGAUGCUGACCAGCCAUUGCAGCAGCCUUACCAGCAGCCAGUAUAGCCUGGCAGAGAGCCUAGAGACAUCCCGGCGGGGCAGCUGGAACAGUCUUCAGGAUCCCAAUGACAAGUUGGACAGCAUCUCUGUGGGCAGCUAUUUGGACACCCUGGCUGAUGAUAUGGAUGAAUAUGGGCAAGGUUCUUCUGUAGAGCCCAUCAUGGCAUCCACCGCGGGCAGGCCACUGGCCAGAGUUGAGUUGGAAAGAUCAAAGACUGACGUAGACAGGGGCCUCCCUGCCAAAAACGAUAGAGAGCAGGACAGGAGCAAAGCAUAUCUAGAGAGGGUCUCUAGUUUGGUUAAGAGCCAAAGUUCCACUGAGCAAAACAGAGCUAGCAGGCUGUCACCACCGAUGGCCAAUGGGCUUUUGAGUAGACAAGUUCUUGGACUGGAGCAGAGCACAGAGGCUAAAUUUCCCUCCACAGCCACAGAAUGCUUGAGCAAAGGUAGUCUGGCCACAAAUGCCUCUCGGAAUAACAAAGCUGACACGGAUAACUGCAAAUUCAAUGUCCAGAGGCACCUGGAGUAUGAUGCCCAUUGGCAGUGGGUUCAGUCUCAAGAGGAUGUGACGUUCUUGUAG